AAGGAAUCCCAAACUGCUGAUCUUCAAGAAAAUAUCAAGUCCCAACAGGCAGAAACCUUCAAAGCCAAAGAGGAGCUAACCAGUGCCUUAGCAGCCAUGGAGAAACUGAAAGAGGAUUUCAAGAAGGAGCGGACGGACUGGGACAUAGAGAAAGCCACACUGCAAAAGAGGGCUGAUGAUGCCGAAGCGGCUCUUAAUCCGGUGGUAGAAGAGCUGAUCGGUUUAAAGCGGCAAAUAAAUGCCAUGACCACUGCUGUGUUUGGAUCUCGCACUACCCAUCUUGGAUCUGAUAUGCAAAAGAAAUUGAAGGCUGCCUAUACUCUUAUAGAGCAGUUAUAUACCGGCGCACAGCGGAUCAUCUGCACUGCCUCUCAUAACAAACCGCCGCCAACCUUAAUCAAGGAGACAUUAGAAAGGCUGUCAAUGCCGCCCGCCUGGUUUGAGGAAUUAAAAAGAUCAGCUGCAAGGCACGUGCUCUGACCGCGCUAACCCGGGCUAAAGCAUGGGUGCCAGAUCUUGACCCGGCCGACGUAGGAAAUGGCUACCCGAGCAUAAAGGAGGACGGAUCAGAUUUUGAUAAUGAUGACCUCCGAGCUUUAACAAGGGAAAGGCGUCCACUAGCAAGCAAAUUGGUUGAAGACACUGAUUUGUCAUAUUACCAGUCGAUUUAUGACGCCAACAACAAAUUGGUGAACACACCAACUUAUGAUGUGCAAAACCUUAUCCCGCCAAUCCGUAAGCAUACCUACGCCCCUGAUGUUGAACCGUCCACCCUUAUAAGUGAUGAAGCUGUCUUUCAAGCCUUAACUGGGAUUGACUGGACAACCAUUGACUUCCUGCCGCUGGGUGGAGAGGAGGAGGAUGAACCGGCGCAGGAUGAUCCGCAACCUUCAAGUCAGCCUGCCGAAAAUUAAUGAUCCGGAGGCCGGUUGAACUUCUGUAUACUUCAACGCUUGUGAUAAACAAUUAUCCUUUUGGGCAUCAAAACGCCUUGUAAUAGGCUAGUUGAAACACUUGGUCUGCUAUGCCAUCGUGCAUAUUCACUUUUGCAUAAUACUGUUAAUCCGUCAUAAUAAUGCUAUGUCUGCUUAUGAUCCUUAGCAGUUUUAUUCAA